UGCAGCAGCCCUGCUCGCCCCAUCGCCCGCCCCAGCCAUGGAGGUGGGGGCACCCCAUGGGGCCUGGGGGGGCACGCCGGCAGGGACCUACAUCCUACCCCACAGGCUCCAACCUGGGCGAUCCGGUGGGGCCGUGCCGGUGCCCCAGCAGCCAGUGGUGAUCCUCCAGCAGCUUCCCGGGAUGGUGGCUGCCCCGGUUCCCCCCACGGGACCUUCAGACGUCCGGGGAGCCCCUUACUCUCCGGCAGAUUUAAUCGAGUUGAUGAUGAUUCAAAACUCCCAAAUGCACCAGGUGGUGAUGAACAACCUGGCUAUGUCGGCACUGACAUCCUUUGGGUUCGGGCCAUCCCCAGCUGCUGCCCAGGUGAUGGCGGUACCUUUGCAGACCGGAGAGGAAGAGGAGGCUGUGGUGUUCCACCAUCACUACAUCCCCUGCCCUGGUCCCGCUCCCGUCCUGGCGUGGCCGGUCCCGACGCGGGAUCGGGGACCGGCGGCUGUACGGUACCUGGGCGCAGGCUCGUUAGCCGAGGAUGAGGAGGUCCGUGCGGUGCCCCCGCCUCCACCCCCCAGCGCCACGGGGACCGUGGGAGCCAACGUCCCACCAGCUUCGGAGUACUAUGAUGUGGUGGAGGAGAGGCUGUGAGCUCCAUCCAUCCCAAGGUGGUUUCUCCUGCACGUCCCAGCCCUCAACCCCAGAAGAUCCUGCAGGUUCUGAGCAUGGGUGCUCCAUGAUACACCUCGUUUCGGGGCUUCCUCCCCGCAAGCCACCCCUGAAGGCAGAGGGUGUCACGAAGCCUGUCACCAAAAGCCAGGUGACAGCAUGACCCCAAACAGGGACAGUCUUUA